AUGUUGAUUGAAUCAUUGACAUCAUUGAUCAACGCCAUUGACAAGGUUGAUGAGGUCGUAAGGAUGAGAUACCUUGCCAUCCAGAAUCAACUUGGAUCAAGCAAACUUAUCAAGGAUAUAUUUGGAAUGAUGUUGACACAAAACAACAUUGUUCUCGUUACAUACUUGAUUGGUAAAUUCAAGUAUCUGCUCAAUGAUACUGAUGUAUUCACAAAGUCCAUCUAUUGCAUGUUCACAAAUGUGAAGCGUAUUGAUCAACAUAGUACACAAUCAUGUGUACUCACUCCUGCAAUGAUCAAUGCGUUGUGUACAUUACUUCCAUGCACUGCUAUGACGCCUGGACUCCUAUUCGACAUGACACUAUCAUGUCUACAACAACGACCAUUGGACAAUACACUGUUGAUGAAGCUGUUGGACACGUAUGAUCAGGCAACCACCAUUGAUGGCCUUCAGACUGGAACACUGCUCUUUGAGAGCAUACUCAAUCAUUCACUGGUGAUCAGCGAGCAUGAGCAUCUGUUUCAACAUGCACCAUCCAGUCAGCUCCGAUCAAUGAUUGAGAGAUACUCUUGCAUUGACUUUGAGGGCCUCAUGACCAAGAUGUCCAGCCUCGCACUCAAACAUCAACGAACGGAUAUCCUCAAGCACUUGUCAGUGGAGUUCCAAGCUGAGCCCGACCCUCAAUACUUUAUCAUGUAUGCCAAUGAGAAGAUGUUAAAGGCCUUGCCCACAGAGUACCCGGAAGAUGUUGUCCCCAUCAUUGGUACACCAGAGACCGUCAAUAAUGUGGAGCUACCCAAGUUCACGUUGGACAAGGCGAUGGCCACGGGCCAAAUACUAGGUGUUGGCAACAACGACUUCAUAGUUGGCAAAUACCGUGUAUCUUUCCAACUGUUGCCUCUCAUCUUCUCACAAGAUGAGGUGACCAGGACCAUUAACUUGGCAAUCCGUCAUCGCAACCUGGCCCUUCUCAAACAUUUCCACAUCCUAUUCAAAGCCUUCAUGGUAGCGGCCCCGGACACUACCAACUCAUGGAUGGAGAACACAAUUGAGAUCACAGAGAUUAUCAACAAUGCCCUUUUGGCGAGCGAUGUCGAGCUAAUCUAUUACUUGCAUAAUGAAAUGAUUCCAUGGUUCAUCAAGAAGAGACAGGUGACCAUCGACCACAUGCCCAUGGACGAUCAAUUCAUCAUCCUUUGGCAAUGGCUGACCAAAAUUAGCGAUUUUAAUUUGCGAUUCAGAGGCGUCUAUAGUGAUGCAAUCAAAGCCAAUCGAAUGGAUAUUGUCAUGCAUCUCUCGGACCCCACCCAUAUCAACGAAGGCAAGGGCGACAUACUGAGCAUAUAUACCGCCAGCAAAACAUUGGCCACUGCAAUGCAAUAUUAUGACACUGAACCAUGCUUCCUUCAAGUAUAUCUGGGCCAUCGAGGACCAACAUUCCUCCACAGUAUCUCGCCAGAGGUGAUAUGCGAAUCAAAAAUCGAAGCAUUCAGAGAGCUACUCACUGCCAUCAAACCGACUCGUCUCAAUCUGGACCAACCAGAGGACCGUCAGCGACCUGCCCAUGGACGGGACAUCAUUGCCAAGAUCAGAUUAAUGAGAGAAACAGGACACAUUGAUCACUUUAAGCACACUCCUGGCAUUCGUCCAUUCUUUCUGGCUGCCUGUGAGGCGGGCGAGCAUGACCUAGCCCUAUCAAUCUACAACCCAAUCAACAUUGACUUCCGAGACGCAAUCAAUUUAUUAUGUGCCAAGGGCAACAUUGAGACGUUCAAUGCACUCCGGCCCCGUUGCCUACUUCCCAACUACAAGGAAUGGUACACAGGUGCAAUCAAGGCACGUCAAUUCACAAUGCUCGAACACCUCUUGGACAAUAGUAAUGGAGCUGACUGUCAAAAUCUAGAUGAUUGGCGAUACCUAUUAUCAUUGGACGAUAGUGAUCAAGGCCUACCAGCACAAUGUAUAUCAAUCAUUUGGAAGCAUAUAUGUGAUAACAUUGUCACCAACAACGUUGCAUUAUGUUCAUUAUUGAGAGAUGUUCCAUUCAACAUACAUCUCUAUGAGGAGGUGAUCAAAUCACGUCAUCAACUACAAUUGGCAAAGUCAAUUCAUCCUCCAAUCAUACAUCUUUCAAUGGAUGUUGUAGAGUCUGCGUUGGAGGAAAAGAGAUACUCACAGUUCAAUUCAAUCAUCUCAUUGUUUGUUGGCAACAAACCGAAGCACUACCAUCACGUCAUCCAGUCCUUCCAUGAUCCACAAAGAGUAUCCAUCGCAACAAUGGCAUUGGAGAAUUGCUGCUACUCACCAAAGUUAUUCCAAGAUUAUUAA